CCCGCGUAGUACGAGCGCACGUCCACCGCUCAACCUCCCGCUCCGUCCCUACACACUUGCUUACCAUUCGUUCUUCCUCCCUAUCGAUCUCACUCACAGUGUGACACUACGUCUAUAGCCCAGCGCACACGCACACGCACUCGCCCUCGCUGAAGCAGCCGUACCCGGCCGGCCACAUGGCGGCAGACGGCACCGGCGGCCAGACGAAGCGGAAGCCGCACGCCGUGGUGAUACCGUACCCACUCCAGGGCCACGUGAUCCCGGCGGCGCACCUCGCCCUGCGGCUGGCGGCGCGCGGGUUCACCGUCACCUUCGUCAACACGGAGUCGGUGCACCAGCAGGCCGCGCGCGCCCUGGGCGUCGACCGGCGGGGCUGCGACAUCUUCGCCGGCGCGCGGGGGUCGGAGGACGUGCGGUACGAGCUGGUGAGCGACGGCUUCCCGCUGGGCUUCGACCGGUCGCUGAACCAUGACCAGUACAUGGAGGGCGUGCUGCACGUGCUCCCGGCGCACGUGGAGGAGCUGCUCCGCCGCGUCGUCCUGGACCCGGCGUCCACCUGCCUCGUCGCCGACACCUUCUUCGUGUGGCCGGCGACGCUGGCCAGGGCGCUCGGCGUGCCCUACGUCUCCUUCUGGACGGAGCCGGCGCUCAUCUUCGCCCUCUACUACCACAUGGACCUGCUCGCCGAGCACGGCCACUUCAAAUGCAAAGAGCCUCGGAAGGACACGAUCACCUACAUUCCGGGCGUGCCGGCGAUCGAGCCGCACGAGCUCAUGUCGUACCUCCAGGAGACGGACACCACCAGCGUGGUGCACCGCAUCAUCUUCAAGGCCUUCGAAGAGGCGCGCGGCGCCGACUACGUGCUCUGUAACACCGUGGAGGAGCUAGAGCCGUCCACCAUCGCCGCCCUCCGCGCCGAGAAACCCUUCUACGCCGUCGGCCCCAUCUUCCCCGCCGGCUUCGCCCGCAGCACCGUCGCCACCUCCAUGUGGGCCGAGUCUGACUGCUCCCACUGGCUGGAUGAACAGCCGCCGGGGUCCGUGCUCUACAUCUCCUUCGGCAGCUACGCGCACGUCACCAAGCAAGAGCUGCACGUGAUCGCUGGGGGAGUCCUGGCCAGCGGUACGAGGUUUCUGUGGGUGAUGCGGCCAGACAUCGUCAGCUCCGACGACCCGAACCCACUGCCUGAGGGGUUCAUGGCCGCGUCCGCCGGGCGUGGCCUGGUGGUGCCUUGGUGCUGCCAGGUGGAGGUGCUCUCGCACACCGCGCUGGGUGGCUUCCUCACGCACUGCGGGUGGAACUCUGUGCUGGAGAGCGUAUGGGCUGGAGUGCCCAUGCUUUGCUUCCCGCUGCUCACCGACCAAUUCACUAACCGGCGGCUCAUCGUGCGGGAGUGGCGCGUCGGCAUGCCCAUCGGGGACCGUGGCGCGGUGUUCGAGGACGAGGUGAGGGCGAGGAUCGAGGGCAUCAUGUCCGGGAAAGAGGGCGAGGAGCUCCGGGAGGCGGUGAAGAAGGUGAGGGCGACGCUCGAGGCCGCCACGGCGCACGGUGGGUCAUCGCAGCAGAGCUUCGAUGAGUUUGUCGACGAGCUAACGCGCCGUUGAAUCGGACGUUAAGCUGAGCCAACCAAUGGGUCAGGAGCGCCGCAUGCCGGGCGUUGGGGAAGUGGCCACGAAUAAGCGUCUUUGUACUUUGUCUUGUCUGUAGUGUGUGUCCGGUCAUUGACUCGGUGUUGUGCAGUGUGAUCUUGUUUUCUCUGCAUAUGAGAACUGUCUAAAGUCAAAAUUAAAGUUAUAUAAGAUAAAAAUUAAAUUUGUGAUGCA